GGCUACGAGAAGCGACCAGGAAGGCCCCUUUCUCUUGCGACUCGACUCUUUCUCAAUUUCAUCACUCUUCGAUGGCUCUUUUCUUUACGCGCCGCGCUCUCCUAAAUAUUGUCCUCAUCGUCGCGGCCGUGCAGCUUGUCCUUGCCGAAUCGGCUCCGACCUACACGCCGCCCAGACCCGACCCAUCUCUGCCGCUGUCCAAGCUGCCUGAUGCCCGCCCUCCUGUCCAGAACCGGACUUUCACUUCUCGCUUGGUCGAAGCUGAGCUAGAGCGAGUGGCCUCACGCAUCGGAGACAAGGCUUUGCGGCGCCUUUGGCUGAAUUGCUACCCAAAUUCGCUCGACACUACUGUUGCCUGGCACGAUGCUGAUGCAAAGCAGAAGGAUCUCGCCAAGGCCUUCCCGAGGUCCUUUUUCGUCACGGGCGACAUCACCGCUUCAUGGCUGAGGGAUUCAGCCAGCCAAAUGAACCCGUACCUACCGCUGCUCAACUCGACCGCCGGACAAAAUGCCACCAACGAAGACUGGGAGAAGCUAUACCGGCUGGCACUAGGCCUCGUCUACAUGCAGUCGCAAUUUGUCCUCACGGACCCAUUUGCCAACAGCUUUGGACCUCCCGAUUCUGCCACAGGUAUCCCACACGAGAAGAACUCCGCCGUCGACCCCAAGAAUCCUGAUCGAGACUACUUCUAUCCUCCCGCUCCUGGCACGCAGGGAACGUACCAACCCUAUCCUCCAAGCAACACGUCCAGCCAAAAGAUCGGAAACGACGGCGUGUACCUCUGGGAGAGCAAGUGGGAGGUGGACUCGCUGGGCAACUUUUUCAGAUUGCAAGUUGACCUGGCCAAGUGGAGCGGUAGGGCAGACUUUGUCGGCAAUGAUAUUUGGAAGAGGGCCGCUGGGCUAGCGCUUGAGGCUCUCAAGGCGCAGAUGAGGGGUACGGAGGAGGAGCGAAGCGCACUCGACAGCGCCACAAAGGGUGCUACGGCAGAAGGAGCAAAGCAAAGGCCGGCGCGAUUUCCCGCUAAGCAGAAGCUGCUGCAAAAGACCAAGAGGGAUGUCGUCCUAAGUCACGACUGGGAACGCCGGUUCAAGCCGCUCGUUGGAGGACUCUACCGUUUUCAACGAUUGGCAAGGACGUCGACUGAAACGCGGUCCGAGACCGGCCUGGGAGAGCCGGGCGCAAGGAUUGGCAUGGUCAAGAGCGCCUUCCGACCCAGUGAUGACGCCACAAUGCUUCCCUUCUUUGUGCCUGGUAAUGCACUUCUUGCUGUCAAUCUCCAAGGCUUGUCCGACCUUCUCGUCGCUCAUCCAGCAACCGAAGCAGAUCAACAACUCGCACUGAUCCAAAGCACAGCCCAUGACAUGGCCCAAGAGAUUCGUGCAUCGAUUCAAACAAACGCUAUCAAGCCUCGACCAGACCUUCUCGGCGACGUCUACGCGUACGAAGUCGACGGUUACGGCUCUGCCUAUUACAUUGAUGACGCCAAUAUCCCUUCGCUCUUGAGCUUGCCGUACCUCGGCUUCUUAGAGUCCAAAGACGAGACAUAUCAAAGGACGCGGUCCAUGGUCCUCUCAUCUAAGACGAACAAAUACUUCUUUAGCGGGUCCCAAGGCGCCGGCAUUGGAGGCCCGCACGUUGGAUGGGGAUACGCUUGGCCAAUGUCACGCAUCAUGCAGAUUCUGACAUCGACCGCAACACCGGAGAAGAAGGAAGCGUUUGCCUUUCUGCGUGCCAGCACAGCCGGGACAGGUUUGAUGCACGAAAGCAUCAACGUGAACAACGUCACCGACUUUACACGAAGCUGGUUUGGCUGGGUCAAUGGCCUGUUCGGCGAAGCAGUCCUGUCCGUCGUCGAUGGUCCUGAUGCUGGUGCUCUACUCGGCGCCGAUGCCUACAAAGGCAAAUGAGGCUCUUUCUCCUUUUACCGCACUCUAUUACCGCACUCUACGCUUUGUGGAGAAUCUAUCAAGCGUCUCUUCAAUCGACAGUAUGAUCGAAAUUUAAUGUGUUACUACAAUA